UUGUUGUUUGGAUUAUCUCAUGUGGACCCACGUGUGUAAAGAUUUGAAUAAAUCAUAAAAAAAAUACUUAUAUUUAUAAUUAUUUAUUGUGAAGAAUGUAUUCAGAGCCCUUAUUUCCUCGUGGAGGAAUUCUUAAAAAAGAGAAAUAUGAAAUAGAAACCGUAAAAAAAAAAGACAUUAAAUAUGGAGCUCGAACCGAUCAUUUGGAAAGGAAAGUAAGACCUUCAAAAAAACAGCGAAAGGCAGCAAAACUAAAAUUGAAUGAUGAAAAAGAAUUCAAUGAAUUUGCAUCUAAGUCUGCUGACCAGCUGAAUAAGCAUACAAUUAUUGAAGGGAUGCUUCUACUUGGUGUAAUACAAAGUAUAAAUGAAAUGAGUCUUGAUGUUGCAUUGCCUGGAAAAAUGCAAGGAAAGGUUCCUGUUACUGCCAUUUCUGAUCCUUAUUCAAAGCUUUUAGAGAAAGUAAUUUCUCAGAGUGAUGAUAAUUGUAAUAUCAAGCCGCUAGAUCAACUUUUUACAAAGGGACAAUACAUUGCGGUAAAGGUUACAAGUUUCAGAGACAAUUCUAAAAGUUUUAUAACAUUGUCCGUAAAUCCGUCUGAUAUAAAUGCAGAACGGCAUCAUAGCCUAUUGCAAAAAGGUCUUGUUAUUGUGGGAGCUGUUUCUGGAAUUGAAGAUCACGGAUACACAAUUGAGACCAAUAUUAAAAACGUUCGCGCUUUCUUGCCAAUCGAGAAAACUAAAAUGAAGCUUGACAUUGGUGGUCUAGUCUAUGGAUGCAUAGAUGAUCUGACUAGAAAUGCAACAACAUCUACAGUCAUUUUGAAAACAAAUAAAGACAAUGAUAUUGGAUUGUUAGAAAUUGAAAACGAAGAUCCAGUACUUGACUAUCUACUGCCUGGCACUAUAGUUCCAUUCACAAUGACAAAAAUUUUGAAAAAUGGCUUGCAAGGAAAUAUUUUUAACAUGUUCACUAGUUACGUCAAUGAGAAUUACCUCACGGAUCCAUUACAUAGACCAAGUGAUUAUUCCAUAGGGUUACAAUUUGAUUCUCGAAUACUUUAUGUUACGCCUUUGACUAAACAUGUUGCACUUACAUUGAAUUUCAAUAAAAUUCAAUUUGAAGGUGAUGAGGGAAUACUACCGGUUGGACAUAUUGUAGAAAAUGCAGUAUCACUAGGUCUUUCAAGUGGAGCGGUUUUAUUUAAAAUCAACAAAAACUCGAAAGGUAUUGUUACAAUAAAGAGUAUAAAAUCAAAGUAUAAAACGAACUAUGAUGAGCGUACAGCUUUAUUACCUUAUGGAAAAACAACAAAGCAUAGAUUACGCAUUUUCAGAUACAAUGCUUUUGAACGAGUUUAUAUCUGCACAGAUAAGGAACAAUUACUAAACGAGCCAUAUUUUUCGAUAAAUGAUUUGAGUAUAGGCGAUAUAGUUGAAGCAAAAAUAGUAAAAAUACUCAAAGGAAAUGAAAAACGGAUCGCUCUAAAGAUCGGACAGAUCAAAGGGUACAUGCACAACCUUGAUUGCUCGGGAAGUUUAGUUAAAAGUGGUAUGAAAAUGAAAGUUCGUGUUCUAUCCAUUGAUUACAAUGACAAAACAGCAUUGGUUACUAACCGACCAGAGAUUCUUAAAGCCUCAAACGUUUUGACGAGAAUCGACGAAGCUCGAAUUGAUGAUGUAUACACAGGACUUAUUGUAAAAGAGAGUCAAGCUCUAUAUUUAGUUCGUUUUUUCAAUGGAGUUAAAGGAGUUAUGUUUAAAAAUAGUGUAGACGAUACGGAAAAUCUCCAGCUCAGACUCAAAGUAGGAGUGGUUGCAAGCUUUCGAAUAUCUGAUAUUCAUGGUGAUCGUAUUGUAUUGAAAAUCGCAAAUGACAUUGACUCCCGAAAAGAUCUCGGAACAAUAUUAUCUUCCAAAAUUGAAUGUAUUCAUCCAACAGGUGCUCAAAUAACAGUGAAAAAAUAUAAUUUGUCCGGAAAUAUUCCAAUCAACUUUUUCUCUGACUUCUCUGAAAUAAGAGGAGCACUCAUUGACUCUUUUAAAGAAGGGCAAAAAAUUAAAGUUGUUAAAAUUAUGGAUCAAAUUUAUAGUAUCAGGGAUGUCAAAUACUUUUCAAAGAACCCACCAUUGACUUUUAAAAGUGUACAAAAAGGUGAUAUUUUGAAGUGCAAUGUGAAAGAACAGAAGAAUGGGAUAAUUGAAAUAAUAUGUCCACUAUUUGAUUAUACAACACCAAUUAAAAUGCACUUAAGCAAAAUUUUACCAACAAAUAUCGAAAAAUGUGAUGAGCUGAUUCUACAGCAGGAUACACCAAUAUUUGUUAGGGUUGAAAGCAAAUUAUUGAAACCAAAAACUUUGAUUGUGUCAGCUAAGCUAGAAGAUGUAUGGAAUGGAAGUUCUGAUGCUUCCAUAGAGCUUUUGCAAACUUAUUUUCAUGAAAUUGACACCAUAAAAUUAAGCUUAGAAGCUCAAAAAAAAGCGAUUGCUAGUCAUUACAUUGGUGAGCUAGUAACGGGAACUGUAUCUGAAAGAUUUGACGAGCAUAGUGUAUUGGUCAUUGCAUUACCAAACGGAGUGUCAGCUUUAUGUCGGAAUAUAAUAACCAAAAAUUUUAAUUUAGGCGACAUUUUCACAGGAAAAAUUGUAUGGAUAGAUUAUAUACGACAAAUUUUAGAUUUGGUACCAAAUACAAAGACAAUGUCUUGCAUAAAUGCAAGUCAAGUGCCAAAAUCAGAACUUCUUAGUGAAAAAUCACGUAUCAAAGGACACGUUAUUUUGGUACGAGACGAUAUAAUUAUUGUAUCAAUCGGAAAUAAAGGACCUCUAGUAUAUUUAUCGACACGAUUUCACAUCAAUGAUCUUAAACCUACUUUAAUUAGCAAUUUGGCACAAUAUGGCAAAUGUACUAUUCAUUUACUAAAAGUUAUAGAAGGGCGAUUAAUAGGUAUGUUUGAAGAUAAUUACAAACAAUGUCAAAAUUUUAUGAGAGCAUAUGGUAGCAAACAUGAAAAUGUAAAAAAUUUAACGGAAAACAAACGAAAAAGAAUCAAUUCUGAAAAUUCUGAAGACUUGGCUAUAACACAAAAAGAAGGUGAAUUAAUGAAUAAGAGACUCAAAAAACAUGUGGACAGUAUGUUCAAAAAUCAGCUCGAUGGAGCUGUUGACAUUUUGUGUAACAAAAACAAACAAGUUCACAACAAAAAAAAAGAAAUGCAGAAUGAUAAACUUGGUAUCGAGAAAGCUAAACAGUUAAAAGGGAAUAGAGUCUCUUUAGAGUCAAUUACAAAAAACAAAACAACAUCAACAUUCACAAAACAACACACAAAACAAACAAAAACUGUAAAUGCUAAGUCUCUAAUGAUUAAAAUGAAAACUGUGGGGACAAAAAAAUUAUUAUCAUUAAAUAUCGCACCUACGCAACACAAUGGUUCUAAAGUUAGCACUGUCGAUAAUCAAUCUAAAAAUAAAAUAAGUUUUUGGACAUCUAAAGAUGUGCCUGAAAAUAACAGUGACAAUGAAAUUUGUUCAAAUAAAAAUGAAACUCAUAAUGACAAUCAUAAAAUGAUUAGUAAAAAUGUUGAACCGAGUUCAGUACUUGACUUUGAUCGUCUUCUUACUCUAAAUCCUGAUAAUGGUAAAUUAUGGAUUCAAUACAUGCAAUUUCACAUGAAAACAUUUGAUAUUGAAAAGGCAAGGGGUGUUGGUCAACGUGCCAUAAAAGUAAUAAACUAUCGCAACGAAAAAGAUAAAAUAAAAAUAUGGAUAGAACUUUUACGAAUUGAAAUUAGCCAUGGCACUCCAGACAGUUUCAAUAUUUUGUUUCGUGAAGCAGUUCUUCGAAAUCAGCCAUUAAAAAUAUAUUCAAACACGUUGUCAAUCUUGAUAGAAACUAAUAAAUUAUCUCAAAUAAAUGGGCUAUUGGGACAACUAUUAAAAAAGUAUAAGGCUCAUGUUGAAACAUGGUUGAUUGCGGCAGAAAUAUAUUAUCGAAUUGGUUUACAAAGUAGUGCAAAAGACUUACUGGAAAAGGCACACAAAAGUCUUCCAAAACCGGAACACAUGAAUUUCGACGUCAAGUUUGCUUUGAUGUGUAACAAAUAUGGACAACAAGAGUUUGCACAAGCUUUGAUGGAAAAUAUGUUGACACUGUAUCCAGCCAGGAUUGAUGUAUGGUUCCAAUACAUAGACAUGUUAGUAAAAGAUAAGUUAUAUGAAUUUGCGAGGUCUGUGUUUGAUCGAGCUAUUAUUCAAAAAUUAAGCAUGCGUAAAAUGAAAAGUUUGCUCCGCAAAUAUAUCAAGUUCGAAGAAAAUUAUGGUACGCCAUCAAGUGUCAAAAAAGUUAAAGAACUAGCUGCUGAUUAUGUGAAGCAUUUAUCAGACAGCAACAUUAUAUCUACAUAAUUAAAUAUAUAUUUUAUAAAUAUACUUAUUAGUACGAAUGACUAAUUUUCAUUUAUUUAUUUUAUCUAGUGAAGUACACGCUGAAAUAAAUCUAAAUAUUAUUUA